AGCCAGGGGAUUAGUAAAAACCAAGCCUCCCUCUAGGAAUGGCACUCGUCUGAGAGUCUCCUCCACGCAGGGCUCCCGACGCUGCCAGGGCUCUGAGAGGAGAACAGAGGGACUAUUGGGAUACAAAUUACAACCCUCUCAGGAUUUACCAGGCAGACCAGCCAACUGGGAAGACGGAUAUUGAGAAGGAAGAAAGAGCAAGAACAAGAGAUAUAAUGACAGAUGACCAAGACCUUUCAGAGGUGGAAAUGAGCCCGGUGGGUUCCGAAGACCAUCACUGCCUCUCACCGGGACCUUCCAUGGCAUCAGAUACCCCCUCUCAUCUCACCAGCUCUGGGAGCGGAGAGAUGGGGAAGGUCAAGAAGGAACAGCAAGACUCAGAGACGGACGACGAUAAGUUCCCCGUGUGCAUCCGGGAGGCAGUGAGCCAGGUGCUGAGUGGCUAUGACUGGACCCUGGUGCCCAUGCCUGUGCGGGUCAAUGGGAGCAACAAAAGCAAACCCCAUGUCAAGCGGCCCAUGAACGCCUUCAUGGUGUGGGCACAGGCGGCCCGCAGGAAAUUGGCUGAUCAGUACCCUCACCUCCACAAUGCAGAGCUCAGUAAGACCCUCGGGAAGCUCUGGAGGUUACUGAAUGAAAGCGACAAGCGGCCCUUCAUCGAAGAGGCAGAGCGACUUAGGAUGCAGCACAAGAAGGACCACCCCGAUUACAAGUACCAGCCGCGCCGGCGGAAAAAUGGCAAGGCCUCCCAGGGCGAGGGUGAGGGCCAAACCGAGGGAGAAGCUGGCGGGGCUGCAGCUAUCCAGGCCCACUAUAAGAAUGCCCACUUGGAUCACAGACACCCUGGGGAAGGAUCCCCCAUGUCUGACGGGCACCCCGAGCACUCCUCAGGUCAAAGCCAUGGACCCCCCACUCCUCCAACAACUCCAAAGACAGAACUCCAGGCAGGCAAAGCUGACUCCAAGCGGGAAGGGCGCUCUCUUGGGGAAGGGGGCAAGCCUCACAUUGACUUUGGCAACGUGGAUAUCGGGGAGAUCAGCCAUGAAGUGAUGUCCAACAUGGAGACUUUUGACGUCAAUGAAUUCGACCAGUACCUGCCACCCAAUGGACACGCUGGCCAUCCAGGCCAUGUUGGGGGCUAUGCGGCUGCAGCGGCCGCUGGCUAUGGCCUUGGGAGUGCCCUGGCUGCAGCCAGUGGACACUCUGCCUGGAUCUCCAAGCAGCAUGGAGUCUCCUUGUCUGCUGGCUCGUCAUCGGUGGUGGACUCCAAGGCACAGGUGAAAACGGAGGGUUCUGCCCCUGGAGGCCAUUACACUGACCAGCCCUCCACUUCCCAGAUAGCAUAUACGUCCCUGAGCCUGCCCCACUAUGGCUCAGCUUUCCCCUCCAUCUCCAGGCCCCAGUUUGACUACCCCGACCACCAGCCCUCAGGACCCUACUAUAGUCACUCCAGCCAAGCCUCUGGCCUCUACUCUGCCUUCUCGUAUAUGGGACCCUCGCAACGUCCCCUAUACACUGCCAUCUCUGACCCUGCACCCUCUGUGCCACAGUCCCACAGCCCCACACAUUGGGAACAGCCUGUGUAUACAACUCUCUCCAGACCGUAGGAAAAGGGGAACAGUGACCAAAGCAGCAACAGAAAGGCUCCGAAGAAUCAGCACAGGCAGGAGGGACUCCGAACUCCAAGGUCAUUCAGUGUAAUCCAGGCAUCAGAACCCACUGAGUAUCCAGACAUGCCUAUCUUGACCCCAGUUAUCGCUGGCUCACCGCCUAGAGGAAGGUUUUACUCCUUUCCCCCCCAAAAUUCAAUGUAUGCCAACCCAAUUGGCUUGCAAAACCCUUUUGGUCUUCUAGAUGAGGAUGAUUCUAGACAUGAAGUGACUGGUCAUGGUGGGUUUCGUUGUGUACACCCUGGACUGUAAAAUAAGAGAUACCCCCCAUCCUUAACCAUCCCCCAACGGCUUCAGUGAUUUUGCAAGUGUUUCAGAUAGGCCACAAUGGCCAACUCUUUGUCACCUGUUGUGGGUGAAGAGUAGCUGGCUGGGCACCCUGGUGGACAUGUUGUGGGAGGAGAGGUAGGUCAGUAAAGUCAACUUCCUUGUGAUCGGUGCUCUGCAACAUUCCCAUCUAAAAUUCACACAUGCAGGACUCUUGAUCCCUGUUGGAAGACCAACCUAUGCUUGCUUUCCUAUUGACUUCCACAUCUACAUCCUAUCCUCUCUUCAACCCACCCUCUCUUUACUGUACUGCACCACACUGUACUGGACUCAGGAACCAUACUGCUGGUUCUAGCUUAUGCAUGUCACAACAUACAUGUGGGGGCAGGUGCGUGUGAGUGGCUUCUUGGACUGUUAAGGCAACAGGGACGGAAUCCUCCUUUCUUACGAUUAUUUUGUAUGGCUAGUUUGUUUCAAACAUUUCCUGGUCCCUUCUAAAUCCUUCCAUUCACCCUCUAAUAUUUCAAAAGAUACACUGCCAAGGCAGUGUUUGUCCUUCUGGCACGUGUGUGUGUGCGUGCGUUGGAUGUGAGGGAAGAGUAGCUGAAGAUAUUGCAGCACACAGAAGCAUCAGCAUGAAUCCCACUUGCCCAAACACAGUUUGCGAAAAUAAUCACCUUAAACCUGCAAGGUUGCGCCCCCAAGCAGAGCUGAACUAAAGAAUACACCCCCUCCUGCCUGUUCAUUGCUUGUUCCAAUUUACCAACACUGCUGGCCUACCCUCAUAAAGAAGGGGAAGAUAUUGUUGUGGCACCAAGUGGAGGGAAAGCUCUCAGUGUUGGAUAAGACAAUUAGUCCACGUAAAAAGAAAAUGAACUCGCCUUCCCUUUUGGGUUUCAAACUGGAAGCAACCAUCCUCAGUGGUCCGACUGGUUCCCCUCCUUCUUGUCUUCAUCUUCAUUCUCCCCUUGCUCUCUUGGGUGGUCUGCUUGCCCGUCCCACAUCUUCAGGGCUAGCAGAGCUUCACAGUGCCAGAGAGCAUGCUGACAUGAAGGACGUCAUAACUGAAGGUGGGAGAAGAUGAUGCCCUCCCAUUGGCCACCAAAAACACACAAUGGAACUGCCAGCUGAUAUGCAGGUCUGGGAAGAUGAAACAGAUUGACCAAGCAGAACUCGUGAUCCUCACUACCGUUUUUCUCCUUCGACUGAGACCGCUGAGGAUGACCUUUAUACACCUUUCUCUCCACCCUUAGCUUUGGCUGACUCCUCCUCUGUGUUUGAAAAGAGCAUGUAGUACGUUUGCUCCCCUGUAUGCAUGUAACCCAGUGCUGUCCCCUCCCCUUAUUUAUUCCAUUACACCUUCCCCUCCCACCAAGCCCCUCUCCCUGUCCCCAGAAUAUGCUGUCCUAGCACCAUUAACUCUGCAUUAAAUGUA